AUGGCCUCCCGCAGGUCCCUGGGCGGUGGUCGCGUGCUGGGGAGCGGGAGGAACCUGUCGCCUGCUGUGUCGCCGGCCACCCCGCAGGCACUGCAAGCACUGCAGGCACAGCACAGCCAUGUCCGCAAUGCGAGCCUGCUGUCGCCCUCAGAGAGCUCCCUGUCGCUGAGCAGCCAGACGUCCAACAGCCCCGCCAGCACCGCCGAGACGAGAGAAGACAUAGGAAGCAAGGUCCUGCUGGGGCCGAGUGAGAAUGCCGCUGCUCGUGCUAGUAAUCGUUUGGUGUGUCCAAUAUGUAAUGAGGAGAUGGUGACGCUCCUCCAACUGAACCGACAUCUCGACGACAACCACCAGAACCUUGUCGAGCAAGAGCAGGAUGAGGUUAAGAACUGGUUCGAGGAGCAGAUGGUCAAGGCGAAGAAGUUCCAGCCUCUUGCCGUACUGAACCAGAAGCUGAAAGGCCUCGACGUCUUCGAAUCGAACAGCUCACCGACACCGCCGCCCGCCUCCCAUUCCCGCAGCACCUCGAACACCCGCACCGGUCACGAUACCCCCCCGGCAUCCGUCGUUCGCAGAGACCCCGAGGAAGAAGUCACAAGAGCGCAUUGGCAGAGGCCAGGCUAUCGAGACGUGUGUUCAGACCCGCUCUGUGGAAGGCCGCUUACAGGAUCUGGAAUGGCAUUGGGCAACAGCCAGACAGCCGUCAACUGCAGACAAUGCGGGCAACUGUUUUGCGAAGACCAUACCUUAUACCAGAUGAAGCUAUCACGUGCAGCGAAACACGAUCCAGUAAGGGGCAUCUGGUGUCGAGUCUGCGAGACCUGCUACAAGUCGAGAGAAGGCUACAACGACCAUCACGGGUUCGAGCGCAACCACUUCGACGAGUUCGCAAAGGUUCGGCGGAAGAGGGUGGACAGAGAGUACAUGGAAGUCAGCAGGCUGGAAAAGCGUCUUACCAAGCUGACACAACUACUGGCCAGCCCAUCGCCUGUCGAGGAGACACCGAACGCUGGAGGCUGGUUUGGAUUAUCGACAGUCGGCAUAAACACGGCGAAAAACCAGCGCAAAGCUCUAGAGCAGUCUAUCAUUACCUGGGAAGAAGACGCGAAAGUCUCGCAUUGCCCUUUCUGCCAGCAGGAGUUCUCGACGUACACGUUUCGACGGCACCACUGCCGCAUGUGCGGACGGGUGGUAUGCGGUGACCCUAAUACUGGGUGCUCAACAGAGAUUGGGUUGAACGUCAAUCCGAAGAAGUCAGAAAAGGCGACAGAUCAGAUGAGCGUCGAUGUACGCAUGUGCAAGGACUGCAAUCACACUCUGUUCAGCAGAAGCGACUUCGAGCGAGAGAUGGCUAAAAGGCCGAAGGAUCAGCGAGCAUAUGAGAACCUCGCGCAGUUCGAAAGAGGCAUCCGGUUGCUGUUACCCCGGUUUCAGAAGCUCCUCACAGCCUUACAGGACCCCGAAAAACCACCCACACCACAACAACUCACUGAUGCUACAAAGGUUCGGAAACGACUGAUGGAUGCGUUUGCGCAGUUCGACACAGCCGCGAAACGUAUACGGGACCUACCCACCGAGUCACCCACACAAAAGCGUUUACAGCAAGCUGUCUACCAACAGGCAUACAGCUUCUUGAGCUUGCACAUGCUUCCUUUGCGCUCUUUGCCAAAGAUCUUGAAGCAUGCCGCUCCCCAAGGACGUCCAGCUGGAGGCGCCGCUCUAGCAGCCAUCAAGGCCAGCGACAGGACUGGCGGCAGCGUCGUCAGCAGCAGUGAGGUGUCGGCCAUGGAGUCUGAAGAGAAGGAACUGCGCGAAAGACUGAUCGUUCUUGAAGAACAGAAGUUCAUGGUCAGCGAGAUGGUAGCUGAUGCCACGAAGCACAGAAGGUUCGAUGAGCAGAACAGUUUGGCACUGAAUCUGGAAGAUUUGAAUCAGGAGAUUGAUCAGAUCAAUGGGCAACUGGGGCAGCUGGACUUCGCAGGCGCUUAUCAGAGGGACGUGGCUAGUCCUGCGCCCGGGUAA